AUUCGGUUCUAAAGAACGGUAAAAAUUUCGUCAAUUGAAGCGUUUUAAUUGAAAGUUAGAAAUUAUUUAAUUGAACUGACGCGGUCAAUUAAACUCGAAAUAUUUUUUGCAUAUUUUUUUUACUGUGUCAAACUUUUCAGCAGAGCUUUCGGCAAAAGGAGUAAUACAAUAGCAAACAAAUAAAACACAAAUUGCGACCAACAAGUAGACGACGACGACGCGGAACGACUCAGCACUCAGCACUCAACGAUGGGCAACAUACACACGACGGGUCCCAAUGAGGCGUUAAUUGUUUCAGGUGGCUGCUGUGGAUCGACCAAGAAGCGCACCAUUGUGGGCGGCUGGGCGUGGGCGUGGUGGCUGGUGACCGAUGUGCAGCGACUGUCCCUCAAUGUGAUGACCCUGAAUCCGAUGUGCGAGAACGUGGAGACGUCCCAGGGUGUUCCCCUCACGGUCACCGGAGUGGCCCAAUGCAAGAUCAUGAAGUCAUCUUCGUAUAAGCAAAACGAUUAUCAUAACGACGAGGCCGACGAGCUUCUAGGCACCGCCAGCGAGCAGUUCCUCGGAAAGAGCGUCAAGGAGAUCAAGCAGACGAUCCUGCAGACCCUCGAAGGACAUCUGAGAGCCAUAUUGGGAACGCUUACAGUAGAAGAGGUAUACAAGGACCGCGACCAGUUCGCUGCCUUGGUGCGCGAGGUGGCCGCACCGGACGUGGGUCGCAUGGGCAUCGAGAUCCUGUCGUUCACCAUCAAGGACGUCUACGAUGAUGUGCAGUACCUGGCGUCGUUGGGCAAGGCCCAGACCGCUGUCGUCAAGCGGGAUGCCGAUGCCGGCGUGGCGGAGGCCAAUCGAGAUGCUGGUAUCCGUGAAGCGGAGUGCGAAAAGAGCGCCAUGGAUGUGAAGUACUCGACGGACACGAAGAUCGAGGACAACACCAGGAUGUACAAGCUGCAGAAGGCCAAUUUCGAUCAGGAGAUCAACACGGCCAAGGCCGAAUCGCAGCUGGCCUACGAGCUGCAGGCGGCCAAGAUCCGCCAGCGCAUCCGCAACGAGGAGAUCCAGAUCGAGGUGGUGGAGCGACGCAAGCAGAUCGAGAUCGAGUCGCAGGAAGUGCAGCGCAAGGAUCGCGAGCUCACGGGCACGGUCAAGCUGCCCGCCGAGGCCGAGGCCUUCCGCCUCCAGACCCUGGCCCAGGCCAAGCAAUGCCAGACCAUCGAGGGCGCCCGUGCCGAGGCGGAGCGCAUCCGUAAGAUCGGAUCGGCGGAGGCCCAUGCCAUCGAGUUGGUGGGCAGGGCGGAGGCGGAACGCAUGCGGCUGAAGGCCCAUGUGUACAAGCAGUACGGCGAUGCUGCCAUCAUGAACAUUGUGCUCGAGUCGCUGCCCAAGAUUGCCGCUGAAGUGGCUGCACCACUGGCCAAGACCGAUGAGAUUGUCCUGAUUGGCGGCAACGAUAAUAUCACCAAUGACGUGACCCGCUUGGUGGCCCAGCUACCGCCAUCGAUCAACGCCCUGACCGGCGUGGAUCUGUCCAAGGUUUUGUCCAAGAUUCCGGGGGCCAAGGCGUGAAACCUAAUGGAAUGGGAUAUCCAGGAAAUGGCAAUGACAACGUAACGCAGCGCAAAGGAAUUGUAACCGAUACAAAAACAAACAAAAAAAACUGAAAACCGAAAACAGAAAAGGAUAGACAACCAAAUUGAGAAAGAGACGGCAGAAAGCGACAAAAAGAGGUGGCGAUAGUUUGCUAGAGAGGGGGCGUGCAUUUGUUAGAGAGAGAGAGAGAGAGGGGAAACAGCGAAACGAACUUGAAAGAAACUCAAGUUUCGAAAUGAAAUCGAACGUAGCUAAAUGUACUCCGAUAUUAUAUUUAUAUAUAUACAUAUACUAUAUAUAUAUAUUUGUAUAUGUACAUGCACACAUGCAAUACACACAUACACUUGUCUCGUCUGUGUGGUGUGCCAGUGUGUGUGUGUGAUGUUUGGCGGCGUAACAAUCAAAAAUAGAACACAACACAGAAAAAAAACCAACGUUAAUCUCAGCUAAAGUUAUGCAUUUCGUACGCAACAUUUUGUGGCCUUUCCUCUCGAAAACGAAAACCGAUUACGAUAACGAUAACGAUAACAAGAAAUCAACGUGAAAUUUGUAUAACUUUAAAUCGAAAACCAUUUAAGCAGAGUGUUAGCUAUUUAUUUACUAUGCUAUAUAUAUACUAUAUACAUGCAGACUUGCUAUACACAAAGAGUUCUUUGAAUAAACACAUACCAGACAGUGUUGUACAGGCAUAUA